CAGCAAUAUCUAUAGCUAGCAUUUUUACAAAUAAAUUGUUCUCCUCCCUACUUUUUUAUUCAAAUCCAUCAGCAGCCCAGAGAAAUGGAGAAAGGAAAGAAAAGAAUGGCAGUUUUGGUUGGGUGCAAUUAUCCAAACAGCAGAAACGAGUUGCAUGGAUGCAUUAAUGAUGUUGUGACCAUGAGAGAUGUGCUUGUUAAACGCUUUGGGUUCGAUCUUAGCCACAUUGAGCUACUAACAGAUGCACCUGCACCAGGGUCUUCGCAAAUCAUGCCAACUGGUGCAAACAUAAAGAAAGCACUUGAUCAGAUGGUUGGUAAGGCUGAAUCAGGUGAUGUUCUGUUAUUCCAUUACAGUGGACAUGGAACAAAGAUUCCUUCCAAACGGCCUGGGCAUCCCUUUAGGCAGGAUGAGGCAAUUGUCCCCUGUGACUUCAAUCUUAUUACUGAUGUGGACUUCAGGCAACUUGUCAACAGGCUACCAAAGGGAACAAGCUUCACAAUCAUUUCAGAUUCAUGCCAUAGCGGUGGCCUAAUUGACAAAGAGAAAGAACAAAUAGGGCCUAAUUCAACAAUAACAGCUAAUGCAGAAAACCUCUCCUCCCAUAUCCACACUCCUAAGCACAUCCCUUUUAAUUCCAUACUCCAACAUUUUAGUUCCUUGACAGGCAUAAACACAUCUGAUAUUGGCACUCACUUGUUAGAGUACUUUGGAGCUGAUGCUAGCCUUAAAUUCAGAUUACAAUCACUUGAACAAGAUUUAUUUGAAUCACUAAAGCCUGAUGACGGAAUUUUACUGAGUGGGUGCCAAGCAAAUGAGACUUCUGCUGAUAUGAACCCAGGUGGUGAAGGUAGAGGACAAGCAUAUGGAGCAUUUAGCAAUGCGGUGCAGAUGGUGCUGAAGGAAAAUCCUGAUCAAAUAUUUAGCAACAGAGAGGUUGUGAUGAUGGCUAGAAAGGUAUUAGAAGCACAAGGCUUUGAGCAACAUCCUUGCCUGUAUUGCAGUGACAAGAAUGCUGAUGCUGCUUUCUUGUGGCAGCCUGAGAAAGAUAGGCCAUGUUGAUGAUAAACCUAUUGCUUUGUGGGUCUUGCUGUCUUUAACAUUUGGUUUCUUAUAUAUCCAUUGCUUGUCGAAAUAAUCAUAUAAUUAAAUCUUGCUAAGUGUUCAUGUCAAAUGUUAACACUGCUAUAAUAUAAUAAAAAUAAAUUGAUUGGCCUUUC